GGUAAGGGUCUCGCGGAUGAUCGUCGUUUAGAAGAUCUGUCCGAAGUGGCCGACGGAGGCAAGGUUACAUUGUAUCUGCGAGACUUGGGACCACAGAUUGGCUGGCGCACUGUGUUCUUAGCUGAGUACAGUGGGCCGUUGGUGAUCUAUUUUACCAUGUGGGCCCUUCGACAACCAGAAUUACAAAAUCCGUUCUUUGAACCGGUUCAGACACAUAUAGGACUCCGACGACUUGCCUGUUUGUGCUGGUGCGGGCACUAUACGAAACGAAUUUUGGAGACGUUGUUUGUGCACCGGUUCUCACAUGCGACCAUGCCACUGUUCAAUGUGUUUCGGAACUGCGGCUACUACUUUGGAUUCGCGUUAUUUGUCAGCUAUUUUGUCAAUCAUCCGUUGUAUACUUUACCCAGUAAGUUGCCUUUCUCAUCUUUCUCAUAA